GGAAAACCCGGCCCGUUAACACUUCUCUACAAUCUAUUCUCCGUCUUCUCCAAUCCCUUUGCCACUGAUAAACCCUGGCAGAACCCUAAAUCCUCCAUUAUCGUAAGGACCAUUCGAGAUGGCUCUCUCCAAGCACACCUUUUUCACCCAUCACCUCAGAACCUUAGCUAAACCCCAUUAUCUCCGCCGCCCUCAACCACCACCUUCCUUCAUUUCCCUCCGUCUCCUUUCAUUUGCCACUCCUGAAGAAGCUGCCGCUGAACGCCGUAAACGCAAACGCCGACUCCGUAUUGAACCCCCUUUAUCAUCCCUCCGUCAGCAACAUCAACCUCGUCCCACUACACCUCAAAACCCUAGCUCCACUAAUAACCCGAAUGCACCGAAGAUCCCCGAAACUGUUUCUGUACUAUCCGGUAAUAGACUUAAUCUGCAUAAUCGGAUUCUUAAACUCAUUCGUGAGAAUGAUUUGGAUGAAGCUGCUUUGUACACGCGGCACUCUGUUUACUCUAAUUGCCGCCCUACUAUCUUUACUUGCAACGCUGUAAUGGCUGCGCAACUCCGGCAGUCCAGAUAUUCUGAUCUACUUUCUCUUCACCGGUUUAUCACGCAGGCUGGUAUUGGGGCUAAUAUUGUCACACAUAAUUUGCUCCUCACGGCUUUUAUGGAUUGCCGGAAAACUGAUAUGGCUAUGGAACAUUACAAGCAGCUCAUCAAUAAUGCACCAUUUAACCCUUCCCCGACUACGUAUCGGAUACUUAUUAAAGGGCUUGUUGAUAACAACAAGAUUGAUAGGGCGAUGGAGUUGAAGGAGGAAAUGUUGUCCAAGGGGUUUAGUGCUGAUCCGAUUGUGUAUAGUUAUUUGAUGUCUGGACAAGCUAAGGUUUCGAACCCAGAUGCAGUUUUCGAGCUUUAUGAAGAUUUAAAGGAGAAAUUGGGAGGAAGUGUUUCGGAUGGAGUGAUUUAUGGGAGCUUAAUGAAAGGUUAUUUCUUGAGGGGAAUGGAGCAGGAGGCUAUGGAGUGUUAUGAGGAAACUGUGGGUGAGAAUUCUAAGAUUAAGAUGAGUGCUGUGGCAUUCAACUAUAUUCUAGAUGCUUUAAGCAAGAACGGAAAGUUCGAUGAGGCAUUAAAGCUAUUUGACAGGAUGCUGAAUGAGCACGAUCCUCCAAAAAGAUUGACCGUGAAUUUGGGUAGCUAUAAUGUAAUGGUGGAUGGUUAUUGUGCAUUGGGAAGGUUCAAAGACGCAAUCAAUGUUUUUAACAGCAUGGGAGAGAAGAGGUGUAGACCAGACACAUUAUCUUACAAUAAUCUGAUUGAGCAGUUGUGCAAAAAUGACUUGUUGGGUGAGGCUGAGGAGCUCUAUAAGGAUAUGGGCGAAAAAGGGGUCAGCCCUGAUGAGUUCACGUUUGUUUUGUUGAUGGAUACUUGCUUUAAAGAAAGUAGGCCUGAUGACGCUGCUGUGUAUUUUAAGACCAUGGUGGAGUCUAAAUUGAGGCCUAAUCUUGGGGUUUAUGAUAGGUUGGUUGAUGGUUUGGUCAAAGUUGGUAAAGUUGAUGAAGCAAAAUCAUUUUUUGAUCUGAUGAUGGGAAAGCUCAGGAUGAAUGAUGAUAGCUACAAGUUUAUGAUGAAUGCAUUGUUUGAUAUUGGGCAGCAUGAUGAGGUGCUUAAGAUUGUGGAUAGAAUGUUGAGGGAGGAUCCAGCUGAUUUCUCUGAUGAGUUGCAAGAGUUUGUUCGAGAAGCCUUGGCGAAGGAAGGUAGAGAUGAGGAGUUGACCAAGCUUAUCGAUGAUAUCGAAAGGGAGAAGAAAGAAGCUGCUGACAGGGAGGCUGAAGCAGCUGAAAAAGCAAAGGCCAGUGCAAGAGCUGCUGUUUCCUCUUUGAUAAAUAGUCCUAAAUUGUUUGGAAAUAAGCAGCCUGAAGAGCAGUCAACAAUUGCUGGUGAGGCUGCCAGCAUCAACGACAAUGACAAACAAGAGGAGGUGAGUGUUCAAGAAACUGCUGCGGAAGCUAGUUCCUCUGGUGAGGGUGCAGAAGCUGAGAGCCUCGUUGCUGCAGAAGCUAGAAGUGAUGGUGCACUUUGAUCAGGUAGCAGAAUGAUAAAAUAUGUUGGUGACAACUAAUGAGAAACAAUAGUAGGUUUCCUUUCACUCUGCCACACUUGCAAGCACGAACUAUAAUCCUCUUAUGAUAAAUUAAUUACUAGUGGAAAAUUGUUUGUAAUUUAGAUGGAAAUGAAAUGAAAUGAUUUUUUUGAUCAUCUUUAAGUAAAUGGUGAGUAACAAAUUGCAAUGCA